AUGUCCAGCUAUUUCAGCAGCUUUUCGUUGAACAAAUUCACAGACACCAUUACCAAUGCGGCUCACAAAACCCAAAACACCUUGAGUACCGCAAUUGCUAACAUUCAAUUAGAUGACCCUCAGGCGAAACUAUCCUUGAAGGCCAGAAAACAUUAUCUUCAAGAGACUUUAGGGGCCAUUGAGGACAUCAGUAAGCUGCCACCUCAAUAUCUGUUUCUUGAGAAGAAAUGCGAUUCUUUGGAAAAAGUUUGUAGAAGAAUGUUGAUAGUAACCAAGACUUUCGAAGUCGAAGGCUAUGACUACCCACCCAAUUUGAGUGAAAGCCUUUCGGACUGGUGGUCCUCAAACAAGGAGGGUCUCUUCAACUUCGCGUCGUCCAAGAAGGAAACAAAGCCCCCCACAACCACUCAAUCGUCCGACGGUGAUGCAUUGGUGCCCAAAUCCUUUGCUCAAGCCAUUUCAAAAGCCGCGAAGGACUCCGCUGAAGUUUUGAAGUUUUUGAGAGAAGAAGAAAAGAAUUCAUCUGUUGAUGACGAUGACGAAGAAGACGAGGAUGUUUCUCCCCUAAUUAAAAUGUUCGAAGCUUGGUCACAAUGUCAGUACAAAAUGGACCAAGGAAAGAGUGAAAUGGACACUUUAAUGAUUAAGGAAUUUAAUCACAAACUUACGAAUUUGGUUGACGACAAGUUCAAGAAUGCUCGUACGCUGCGCAGAAAAGUUGAAGACUCCAGACUUAAAUUUGAUACUAUGCGCUACGAAGUAAAGUUCACGGAACAGCAAGCCAGUGCUGUCGAAAAAUCGAGUUUGGAGCCUGCCGCUGACAGCACCAACGAAACUUUAGACACCGCCUCCAAGGUGGAGAAUGAGGAUGCGACAGGGGUAGAGAAAACAUUGGAUAGUACCGAGAGUGAAGCACAGAAAUUGUUGGAAAAAUUGGAGGAUGAAUUCGUUUCCAACACGACUGAAGCAGUUGAAGUUAUGGGAGAGAUCACAGAUAGUUCUGAAAUCAUCAAUUUGGUGAAGCUGUUCCACAAUUUUCAAUUGGUAUACCACAGACAGUGUGUCCAAGAUUUGGAAAAUAGUAUGAAACUGUUGAACGAACUAGACAGCGAGGACGCCUAA